ACCCAGUGAGAUUAAUGUGAAAGGAUUUGCAAUAUAUUUCUUAUUUUUAAAAGAAUCAACACUAGGCUUUUAAAAUCACCACAAGUCGACGGAUUCUCCUUUUGUAUACUACUACUGUUUCAUUGAAACGGUUGCUAAUUGAUCUGACGUUACUAUGGAAAUCAUUUUGGAAUGAAGCUGAAACCCCAUUGAAAAUGUAAACAAGUUCGCGUGUAUUUAUUUUUAAUAUAUAAACAUGUAAACUUGGAGAGAUUUCUAUUGGGAUAUAAACGUGGAAUAAACAGUGAAAAAAGUGAACUCCUGUCUGAGGAUAAUGCAUUUCUCUGCGAUCAGCUGAAGGCAACAAUCCCCGACAUGUAUGAGGACAAUCGCAAAAACAAUGGCCGGAACGGGCACACCAACACAGACGAAGGAGAGGAGGGUGGAGGAGAGGGAGAAGAGGGAGAAGAGGAGGAGGAGGAGGAGGAGGAGGAGGGAGGAGAGGGGGAUGAGGGAGGGGAGACGAAAGGAGACGCGGAGUGGACGGAGGACGGUAUGGCCGAAAACGGAGGAGUGAAGAUGACGAGGACGGACACACUCCACUCUACGACCAGUUCCACGGGGACCCAGAGGAAGAAGAGCCAUCAUAAUAAGAAAGUGAUACAGGGUUCUGACAAGGUCCAGAGAGCGCCCAGAGCCCUCUACUGCCUCAAACUCAACAACCCCAUACGCAGGGCCGCGCUCUCCAUCGUAGAGUGGAAACCCUUUGACAUCUUCAUCCUGAUAGCCAUCUUUGCUAACUGUAUAGCGCUGGGGGUGUCCAAGCCUUUCCCUGAGGAAGACUCCAACUCUACCAACCACGAUCUGGAACAAGUGGAAUAUGUGUUUCUGAUUAUCUUCACCAUUGAGACCUUCCUGAAGAUCUUGGCUUAUGGCUUAGUGAUGCACCCCAGCUCCUACAUUCGCAACGGAUGGAACUUGUUGGACUUUGUCAUUGUCAUCGUCGGGCUGUUCAGUGUCGUCCUGGAGACGAUGACCCAUAAGGCCACUGGGGAGGCUGCGUCGACCCACCAUGUGCCAGGGAAGCCUGGAGGUCUGGACGUCAAAGCUCUCCGAGCCUUCAGAGUACUGAGGCCCCUUCGGCUGGUCUCAGGAGUACCGAGUCUUCAGAUCGUAUUGAACUCCAUCAUGAAGGCCAUGCUGCCUCUGCUCCACAUCGCCCUCCUGGUCCUGUUUGUCAUCAUCAUCUAUGCCAUCAUCGGCCUCGAGCUGUUCAUAGGACGGAUGCAUAAAUCCUGCUACUACAUCGGCACAGACAACUAUGCAGAGGAUGACCCUGUGCCCUGUGCAUUUGCGGGUCACGGCCGUCAGUGUGUAGUGAACGGGUCUGAGUGUCGAGGAAAGUGGGCUGGACCCAACGGAGGAAUCACCAACUUUGACAAUUUCUUCUUUGCUAUGCUGACGGUGUUCCAGUGUAUCACUAUGGAGGGAUGGACCGACGUACUCUACUGGAUGAAUGAUGCCAUCGGGUUUGAGAUGCCCUGGGUUUACUUUGUCAGUCUGGUGGUUUUUGGCUCCUUCUUCGUCCUCAACCUGGUUUUGGGUGUGUUGAGUGGAGAGUUCUCCAAGGAGAGAGAGAAGGCCCAGGCGCGAGGGGACUUCCAGAAGCUGAGGGAGAAGCAGCAGAUGGAGGAGGACCUGUCUGGAUACAUGGACUGGAUCACACAGGCUGAGGACAUGGAUGAGUUUGACGAGGACGGUAACAGACUUGCCACCCUGGGGGAUCUGUCAGACAAGAAGAAAGGGAAGUUUGGCUGGUUCAGUCACUCAAACGACACACACGCAAGUCUUCCAGCCAGUGAGACAGCCUCUACCAACACGGAGAAUAUAGAUGAGGAGCACACUGAUUGCUGUGCCGCCUGCUGCGCUCGAAUGAUGAAUAACAGCUGCUGUCGAACGUUGCGGCGGUGGAACCGGGUGUGUCGGAGGAACUGCCGCGUGGCGGUCAAGUCGGUGACGUUCUAUUGGCUAGUUCUGUUUCUGGUGUUCCUCAACACCAUCUGCAGCGCCUCGGAACACUACGACCAGCCUGAUUGGCUGACAGAGGUCCAGGACAUAGCCAACAAGGUUCUGCUGUCUCUGUUUACGGUGGAGAUGCUGUUGAAGAUGUACGCUCUGGGGACGUCUCAGACGGGCUACUUCAAAGCCUUUUUUAACCGUUUCGACUUCUUCGUGGUGUGUGGAGGCAUCACGGAGACCACUCUGGUGGAGCUGGAGAUCAUGCCGCCUCUCGGCAUCUCCGUGCUUCGCUGUGUCCGACUCCUCAGGAUAUUUAAAGUGACACGUCACUGGACAGCUCUGUCCAACCUGGUGGCCUCUCUGCUCAACUCGAUGAAGUCUAUCAUGUCUCUUCUCCUCCUGCUCUUCCUGUUCCUGAUCAUUUUCGCUCUGCUGGGCAUGCAGCUGUUCGGAGGGAAGUUCAAUUUCGACGAGACCCAGACCAAGAGGAGCACCUUCGACACCUUCUCCCAAGCCCUGCUUACCUGCUUCCAGAUUCUAACAGGUGAGGACUGGAACUUAGUGAUGUACGACGGCAUCAUGGCGUACGGAGGGCCCGUCUUCCCCGGCAUGAUCAUCUGUAUCUACUUUGUUAUCCUCUUCAUCUGUGGUAAUUAUAUCCUGCUGAACGUCUUCUUGGCUAUCGCUGUGGACAACUUAGCAGGAGGAGACGGUGACACGAAGAAAGAAGAGAAGAAAGAAGAGGGGGAAGCAAAGGAAGGGGAGGGAGAGAAUGGAGAACUGAAGAUUGACGUUGAUGAUGAGACUGAGUAUGAGGAAGAGGAGGAGCCUGAACAGACAGAAGAGGCGGCAGUAGGCAUCCAGCUGAACGUAGCAGACAUCCUCCCUCCCAAGGAGAAGGUUACACCAAUCCCAGAGGGUAGCGCCUUCUUCUGUCUCAGCAAGACCAACCCUAUCCGUCGGGGUUGUCACUUCCUGAUCCACCACCACAUCUUCUGCAAUCUCAUCCUGGUCUUCAUCAUCCUCAGCAGCUGCUCUUUGGCCGCAGAGGAUCCCAUCAGAGCACACUCCUUUAGGAACAAUGUUCUGGGCUAUGCAGACUAUGCCUUCACCUCUAUAUUCACAGUGGAGAUUAUACUGAAGAUGACGGUUCAUGGAGCGUUCCUCCACCAAGGUUCAUUCUGUAGGAACUGGUUCAAUCUGUUGGAUCUCCUGGUGGUCUCUGUGUCUCUGAUCUCCUUCUUCCUACAUUCGAGUGCCAUCUCUGUGGUCAAGAUUCUCAGGGUACUCAGAGUACUCAGGCCUCUACGAGCCAUCAACAGAGCCAAAGGACUGAAGCAUGUGGUCCAGUGUGUGUUUGUAGCUAUCAAGACCAUCGGUAACAUCAUGAUCGUCACUACUCUACUACAGUUCAUGUUCGCCUGCAUCGGAGUCCAGCUCUUCAAGGGUAAAUUCUACCGCUGUACAGACGAGGCCAAACACACGCCAGAGCAGUGCAAGGGAACCUUUGUGGUGUAUAAGGAUGGGGAUGUGAGCCACCCCAUGGUGAGAGAGAGGAUCUGGCACAACAGUGACUUUAACUUUGACAACGUCCUGAUGGGCAUGAUGGCUCUGUUCACAGUGUCCACCUUCGAGGGCUGGCCAGCACUCCUGUAUAAGGCGAUUGAUGCUAAUGGAGAGAACCAUGGUCCUGUCUAUAACUACCGUGUUGAGAUCUCCAUCUUCUUCAUCGUCUACAUCAUCAUCAUCGCCUUCUUCAUGAUGAACAUCUUCGUGGGCUUCGUCAUCAUCACCUUCAGAGAGCAGGGAGAGUCUGAAUAUAAGAACUGCGAGCUGGACAAGAACCAGAGACAGUGUGUAGAGUUUGCUCUGAAGGCCCAGCCAUUGAAGCUGUACAUUCCAAAGAACCCAGUGCAGUAUAAGUUCUGGUCGUUCAUCCAGUCUACAGCGUUUGAAUAUGUCAUGUUUGUUCUAAUUCUCCUCAACACGGUCACUUUGGCGGUUCAGCACUAUGAGCAGUCCAAGGUGUUCAGUCAUGUGAUGGACAUCCUCAACAUGGUCUUCACUGGUCUCUUCACUGUGGAGAUGCUGCUCAAACUGCUGGCUCUACGACUCAGACAUUAUUUCAUAGAUGCCUGGAACUCUUUUGAUGCUCUGAUCGUGGUGGGCAGUGUCGUGGAUAUUGUGGUGACGGAGUUCAGCAACAUUUCAAACAUGCAUGAGAGCACCAGCUGUUCUGGAAGACUCUCUUCCUCUCCAUCACGUCUCUUCCGUCUGUUCUCUCUGAUCGAUUCUCAAACUGCUGAGCAAGGGGAGGGAAUCUCUGUCCCCCUGCUCUGGACCUUUCUCUCUGUCUCUCAGGCCCUGCCUUACGUUGCCCUUCUCAUCGCCAUGAUCUUCUUCAUCUAUGCGGUCAUCGGCAUGCAGACAUUUGGGAAGAUAGCCAUGCAGGACUACACUCAGAUCAACAGGAACAACAAUUUUCAGACGUUUCCUCAGGCUGUACUGGCUCUAUUCAGGUGUGCUACAGGGGAGGCGUGGCAGGAGAUCAUGCUAGCCAGUCUGCCAGGUAAACGGUGUGACCCAGAGUCAGACUACCUGCCUGGCGAAGAGUUCACCUGUGGAAGCAACUUCGCUAUAGUCUACUUCAUCAGCUUCUUCAUGCUGUGUGCUUUCCUGAUUAUCAACCUGUUUGUUGCUGUCAUCAUGGACAACUUUGACUAUCUAACCCGUGAUUGGUCCAUUCUGGGGCCUCAUCACCUGGAUGAGUUCAAGAGGAUCUGGUCGGAGUACGACCCUGAGGCCAAGGGUCGUAUUAAACAUCUAGAUGUCGUAGCUCUGUUGCGAAGGAUCCAGCCUCCUCUGGGCUUCGGAAAGCUCUGUCCUCACCGCGUGGCGUGCAAGCGUCUGGUGGCCAUGAACAUGCCACUAAACAGCGACGGCACCGUAACCUUCAACGCCACUCUGUUCGCCCUGGUCAGAACUGCCCUGAAGAUCAAAACGGAGGGUAACCCGGACCAGGAGAACGAGGAGUUGAGGACCAUAAUAAAGAAGAUCUGGAAAAGGAUGAAGCCCAAGGUUCUGGACGAGGUCAUCCCCCCACACGAGGAAGAGGAUGUGACGGUUGGUAAGUUCUACGCGACCUUCCUGAUUCAGGACUACUUCAGGAAGUUCAGGAAGAGAAAAGAGCAAGGAGAUCUGGAAGAGGGCGACCCAAACAACACCUCUGCUGCUCUACAGCUGUGUCAGGCGGGUCUGCGUACACUACAGGACCUGGGGCCGGAGAUGAGGAUGGCCAUGUCAGCUGACCUGGAGGAGGAGGAGGAAGAGGGCAUGGAGGAAGAGCCAGAGGAAGAUGAUUCUCCCUAUAAGACUGAUAAUGGCUAUGCCCCUGAGGGUAAGGACAGACGUGGCUCCAUGGUCACCACCCUUACUGGAGGAGGAGGAGGUAUGCCCAGGGAGAGUCUCUCCAACGGGGGUCUGGCCCACCGAGGUUCCACCUCCUUCUCCAAGACCCCCAACGGAGGAGGCCUGGAGCAGGAUGAGCUGAGACGAGGAGACAACAUGAGGUCCUCGCUCAACCAUCAUCAUCGUCAUUCUUCCAUUAAGAACGGACUGGCGGACCAACCGGCCAUGAGCAGAAGGAAUUCUAACAAGUAUUCAAGAAGAGACAGCAGAGGAGACAGGUAUUCUCCUGUCCGAGGUCGUAACGGAGGGAUGGAUGGAGGAGAGGAGAGUUACGGAGGAGAGGAAGGUUACUACGAUGAGGAUAACGAGAGCCUUGAUCCUCGUGACAGACUUCGUUACCCUGACGACCCUCCUCUGUACCCUGGUCAGCAUGACCACAUGUACGACGCCCACGCCCCCAGCAACGCUGCCUACGGUAAUAACUAUGGCAACGGGAACGGGAAUGGCUAUGGAGAUGGACGGAGGACCGCGAGGAGACGCCUCCUCCCCGCCACACCUACCGGUCGUAAGCCAUCCUUUAAUAUCCAAUGUCUGAGGAGGCAGGACAGCAAUGAUGACCUCCCCAUCCCAGGAACCUACCACCAGAACUCUCCCCCCUGCCGGGCACGCACACAGGUCACUACACAGACGUACGGCAGUUACGAGUCCCGUCGCAGCAGCUGCCGUUCCUCAACAGGUUCCUCUGCCUCCUGGGCCAACCCUUGCCCUCGCCGAGGUCGCCUCCUUUAUGCCCCUCUCAUCCUGGUCGAAGAGGAAGGGGCGGGGGGCAGCGGCGGCUCCGGGAUCUGGGGGGACAAGACAGGUGGCGGGGCCAACGUGACGGCUGCCACCUCCCGACCUGGCCCUGCGGGGUGGUACACGGGGCCCCCUUGUCCCUCAGGAGGUUCCCAGGCACCUUACAGGGCCUAUACCACACUAAGGGUCCCCACUCAGCUCAGCCCUCACUACAGCGACAAGAGAGGCAGCGCUGACAGCCUGGUAGAAGCCGUGCUGAUCUCAGAGGGGCUGGGUCUUUAUGCCAAGGAUCCCAAGUUUGUGGCCUUCGCCAAACGGGAGAUUGCUGACGCGUGUCACAUGACAAUUGACGAGAUGGAGAGUGCGGCCAGCGACCUGCUGAGUCGGGGAAGCAGGGGCGGAGGGGGUGGCGGUUUCCUGAACAAUCCCGACCUUGGAACCCUGUACAGCGACGAGGAGCCAAUCAGAACGGGCCGCGACGAGGAAGACCUGGCGGACGAGAUGACCUGCGUCACUUCCUUCUGAUCU